AUGUAUAUACCAGUAGAAAUAUUUGUGUAUGAUACCAGUAAAAUAGAAGUUGAGCAAAAGUUUUAUACACAUCCCGUUGUUCGUACACAAAUAUCAUAUAAAGUUAAUAUAUCAAAUGCUGGCCUUGGGAAUUUAAAUGCCGAAGUUUUUCAUAAUGAUUAUUCUUAUGCUUGUCAAAUACAAGAUAUAUCCGAUAAAGAAUUUCUCAUUCAAUAUGUUCCCCUUGAUACGGGUAUUUACAAAUUAAAUAUUUCCUUUAACAAUGAACUUGUCGGAGGCAAACCUUUUAUCGUUGAUGUACGUUCGUCAUUGACAAGACCUACUGUUUCUUUAUCACCAUCAAAUAUUAAACUUCGAUUGCAAGGACCAUUGGAUGCAGAAAUCGGAGAUAAUGUUAUCAUUCUUGUCACUACUGAUGUAUCGUUAAAAUCUCCUGUUUAUGCUCUUGUUACAUGUAACUCAAAAACAGUUCCAUCAAGAGUCGAAUCGAUUGAUCAAAAAUCGUGGCAUGUUCAUUUUAAACCGUAUAUCACUGGUAAUUAUACGGUUAAUGUUUUUCAUAAUGGUGCACAAACAGAUGGUUCAUCUAUCAAUGUUCAAAUCAGAAAUUCAAGUGGCAAAGUACUCUUGUCAGGUUUAGAACAAACCGUUUUAAUCAAUUCAACGUGUGUUAUUCAAGUUCAUGUCGAAUCGGUAAUAUCAGCCAGUAUUACCGCUGGUGUUAGUUUAGGCAUCAAACAAAUUCCAUUAUCAUUAAAUGUAGUAAACAAUAAUUUAGUAAGAAUUCAAUUUAUACCACAGGAACCUGGUUUAUAUGCUGUUGAUGUACGUUGUGGUAACAUGUCUGUUGAAGGUAUGCAGGUCGACUGGCCAAAAGUUGCUCAGGUUUCUGGUGAAUGUUUUAAUCGAUUACGAUUAGGUGAAUUGGGUGUAUUUAUUGUACAUUGUAAUGGUCAAAAAGGAGUAGUGAAAGCAAAAGCAUUUAGUAUGUUUUUUAUUUACUUUUAUUUAUACACAAGAGAAGAAAAUAUGAAAUAUUAUUUAGAUCUUUCUGUGGGAGAUCGUAUUGACAUGCAACCAAUAUCAUUUCAACUAAAAGAGCCGUGUGAUGUGUUACUACAAUUUGCAUCACAAUUAUGGAGUAAAAUAUUAACAUCAUUGCUUACUACUCGAUUACUUGUAACACCUGAUCGUAUCACGAAAGUUUCACUUGGAAAAGAAAAUGGAAAUGCCAUAUGCACAUUUCAGUUACAUGAAAAAUUAGGCUUUAAUAUACCACCGAAUGAUCAUAUUAUUGAAGUAUUGAGACAUUUAGUGGAUACAAAUACAUUGUACCUACUUGAUCCUAGUCGUAGACCAUUAAAUACCUUGAAAGGAACAGUUUUUGUUGGACCAAAAGGUGAACAAGUUCAAGUGAAAUUAUUUCCUCAAGCCAGUGGUGAUUAUAGUGGUGAAUUUACUCCAACUAAAGUUGGUCAACAUCGUAUCGAUAUAACAUUUGCUAAUGUACCAUUAAAAGGCAGUCCAUUUUUUACAGAAGUCUAUGAUCCAUCAGCCGUUAAAAUACUGAAUGUAUCAAAAGAAAUUUUUGUUGGAUCAGAAACUUCAUUUGAAGUAAAUCUUGAAAAUGCUGGCAAUGUACCAUUAGAUAUAAAAAUUACUACUUCCACUGGUACAUUAGUACCAUUAAAAAUUGAAGAUUCAACGUCUAAAUCAUUAAUUAAAAAAGUUCGUUUUCAACCGAAUGAAAAUGGUAUUCUUUAUAUUAAUGCAAAAAUUGGUUCUGAAGCCAUUCAAGGUACUCCAUUUAAAAUUACUGUUAACGAUGCACGAUCUGUUACAGUCCACGGUGAAGGUCUCUAUCAUGCUCAAGAAGAUCGACCAGCUAACUUUUUUAUUGACACAAAAGAUAUGCAAGGGGAUCUAAAAGUUCGAAUAGAGGGUCCUAAUUCUGUUAUUAAAAAUACACUUGAACGAACAAAUGAUGACUUGUUUAAAGUAACAUACAUACCAGUUGAAGUUGGAUUUCACAAUAUUAGUAUUAAAUGGAAUGGAAAAGAUAUUGAUGGUAGUCCAUUGAAAGCUGCAGUAACAAAUUCUGAACGUGUUCGAGUUGUCGGUGGAUGGCAAUCGAUUCUUGAUGUUGAAAAUCGAAUGCGUUUACUUGUAAAUGAAGAAAAAAAGAUUCGCUUUGAUACAGCACACGCCGGUCCAGGCUCACUCAAAGCUGAUGUUCGAGAUAUUGAUGGACGAAUACCCAUACGUCUCGAUCAACAAGGCUCAUUGUAUACUGUUAGUUUUACAGCAGUUCGUGAAGGAAAAUAUGAUAUUAAUGUAACAUAUGACAAUAAUCUUCUACCAAAUAUGCCUUUACGUGCAAUAGCUACUAAUGUAUCGGGACAAUCAGAUCAUAUAAAAGUUGAAGUCUAUGGAAGAGGCAGUCACGAGGCGAGAGUGAAUGAAGAAGCAGAAUUUACUAUAGACGGGACAAAAGCAGGAUCAGGUAUACCAUCGGUACGUUUAACUGGCACUAAAUCCGACGUUGACAUUCGAAUUAAAUCACUUGAAAAUAAUGUUUAUUCAUGUUCAUAUAUUCCAUCUGUACCAGGAGUUUAUCUGUUAAGUGUAACUUGGGCUGAUAGACAAGUACGAGGUUCACCAUUCAAAAUUAAUGUUUUACCAGCUGGAAAUGCAUCCAAAGUUGUGUGUACUGGUGAUGGUCUUCGUACGGGUGUAAUGGGUAAAGAAAUCAAAUGUCUAAUUGAUACAAGGUCAGCAGGGCCCGGAGAAUUGACAGCCUAUUGUCAAGGAUCUUCAAAAACAGCGUUUUGUCGUUUAUUUGAUCAUCGUGAUGGUACAUUUACACUCUAUGUUAAACCACAGGAAGCAGGACGACAUGUUUUAACUAUUAGAUAUAAUGAUGAACAUGUGCCUGGCAGUCCGUAUACGUUAAAAAUAUCUGGAGCACCAGAUGCAAAUAAAGUCCGUGUGUCAGGUCCGGGUAUUGAACAUGGUGUGUUAUCGACAUUUCAAUCACGUUUUACAUGUGAAACAAAAGGAGCUGGGGCUGGUCAAUUAACAGUCAAAAUUCGUGGACCAAAAGGAGCAUUCCGUGUUGAAAUGCAACGAGAACAUUUACAAGAUCGAACAAUUAUGUGUAGAUAUAAUCCGACGGAGCAUGGUGACUAUUUGAUUAGCGUAAAAUGGAGUGAUGAACAUGUACCCGGAUCACCAUUUCAUGUACAUAUAUUUGAGAGACAAGAAGAACUUGAACGAUUUUCACGUGAACAAAAUUUAUUUCGACAAAAUUGGAGAGAAGAUUAA